UCCGUACACUCAAACUCCCAUAAUUCCCCUUCCUGAUGACAUCGGCAAUACACCCUCCUGGUAACAUGGCUCCGCCCCUAUGCUUGAGUCAGUUAGCUGCUGAAGGAAGAAUGGCUGCUGCUGGGAACUCAAUUACUAUAGCAUCAUUUCAACGAUCCAACAGUCACGACAAGGUGAGAAAAAUUGUGGCAGAGGAAGGACGUACAGCCAGGAACUUAAUUGCAUGGAGUGUUCCUUUGGAAAGCAAAGAAGAUGAAGGAAAAGCAAAAUGGCCAUGUGGGAAAUCUAAGAGGGGAAUUCAUGGUACACACAAAUCAUCCAAACAGAAUAACACAUUACACUGUAAAGUAAAUUCAAGCUCCACCAGCGAUAAAAUUCAAGACAAGAGUCCUACCAAGACAAGGCAUCCUCGUAAAGUAGAUCUGAGGGCACGUUACUGGGCUUUUCUUUUCGACAAUCUGAGAAGAGCCGUGGAUGAAAUUUAUGUGACAUGCGAAUCAGACCAAAGUGUUGUUGAAUGCAAGGAAGUGCUUAUGAUGUUGGGGAACUACGUGAGAGAUUUUAAAGCCCUUAUUGAUUGGAUACAACUGCAAGAGAAGCUAGAGAAGACUGAUGCACAGAGCAGGCCAACCUCUUUGGCGUGGGAAGUGAAAAAAAUGUCCCCAGGGCGGCAUGUUAUGCCUAGUCCUUCAUCUGAGAGAGUGAGCUCUACGUCGACUGCCCGGAGGACCCUUAAUUUUGGGGGGCCUUCACUUAACAUGUCUUCAAGUCGCCUGACUCCAUCAGGAGUAAGCUGGGCUGACAAAGUUAAAGCAAAUUACAACAACUCUGCAUGCAGUGAAGAUACAGAAAGUCUACAUUCAUAUGUUCCUACAGUUGGACAAAAGGUGGUCCCUGAUAAUGAUCGAAUGGAUGCCGAAGGCUGGGAAACUGUUCAGCGUGGGAGGCCAAUUCGAUCAAAAUCUGCUGCAAUGGCACACAAGCCUUCUCUUCCUGCAGCCAUGGAAAACAGGGCAAAAGAUGAUAGUGAUAAAGAGAAUGUAUGUUCCAAAUCCUCAGAAGAGAUUCCAGAUGUGAUCCAGAAAUCGGAGCUCCCUCCUGUGCUUGUGGACCCUCCAUCUAAGGAGUUGCUAUGCCCAUGUGAAAUUCCUUUGGCUGAAAUAACUCAGAUUACUGUUCACAAUGCUCUAGAAGAACUAAAGCCAGUAGGAACAUGCCCAUCUCAAGAGACUACCUCACUUAAAUGUCUGGACAUUCCUGUUGUGUUUCUUGACCCCCUAUCUAAAAUGCAGAAGACAGAGGUGCCCUUCAUGACAGAUGCAGCUCGAGGGGGAAGGAAGACAGGCAGUGAUCUAGACCUUUCAAACGUGAGUGCUGGAAAAUUGUCCAUGGCAGAAGUUCUUGCUAAGAAAGAAGAGCUAGCAGAUCGAUUGGAGAAGGCCAAUGAAGAAGCUAUAGCAAGUGCUAUUGCAGAGGAAGAGCAACUGACAAGGGAGAUCGAGGCAGAAGAAAACAAUGACAUUGAGAUUGACAAUGAAAGUGACUUCUCUGCUAGCAUUGGCAGUGGAAGUGUGCUUUACAAUGGCAUGUCCAUGGACUGGAAUGAAGUAUUAGCAGAUUAUGAAGCCAGAGAAUCAUGGAGACAGAACACAUCCUGGGGGGAUAUGGUGGAGGAAGAGCCUUCAAGGCCACCUGGACAUGGAAUACACAUGCAUGAAAAACUUUCUUCCCCAUCUCGAAAGAGAACUAUUGCUGAAUCAAAAAAGAAGCAUGAGGAAAAACAGCUGAAAGCUCAGCAGCUUAGAGAAAAGCUUAGAGAAGAGAAAGCACUCAAACUACAAAAGUUGCUUGAAAGGGAGAAAGAUGUACGAAAAUGGAAAGAGGGGUUAUUAGAGCAGAGGCGCAAAAUGAUGGAUGAGAAAUUGCUUCAUGCUGAGUUUAAGAGGGAGGUGCAGUUACAGGCAAUAGUGAAAAAGGCUCAGGUAGAGGAAGCAAAGGUAAAUGAAAUAGCUUUCAUCAAUACCUUGGAAGCUCAGAAUAAGCGGCAUGAUGUCCUUGCAAAGCUUAAGGAAUAUGAGCAACGGCUGAACGAGCUGCAGGAAGAGAGACAGCGGAGACAGGAAGAGAAACAAGCAAGGGAUGAAGCUGUGCAGGAACGCAAAAGAGCCUUGGAAGCUGAACGACAGGCACGUGUUGAAGAGUUAUUAAUGAAGAGGAAGGAGCAAGAAGCUCGUAUAGAGAUGCAAAGACAAGAAAAAGAGCGGGCUCGAGAGGAUGCAGCCAGGGAGAGAGCUAGGGAUAGAGAAGAGAGAUUGGCAGCUUUGACAGCAGCUCAGCAGGAAGCAAUGGAGGAGCUCCAGAAAAAGAUCCAACUCAAGCAUGAUGAAAGUGUUCGGAGGCACCUGGAGCAGAUUGAGCAGAGGAAGGAGAAAGCGGCAGAGCUGAGCAGCGGCAGACAUGCAAACACAGACUAUGCACCCAAACUCACCCCAUAUGAGCGCAAGAAACAGUGCACUUUAUGCUGUGUCACGAUUUCCUCUGAAGUUUAUCUCUUCAGCCACAUUAAAGGAAAAAAACACCAACUAGCAGUAAGAGAGAACAGCAGCAUCCAAGGCAGGGAACUGUCCGACGAGGAAGUGGAGCAUUUGUCCCUGAAAAAAUACAUUGUUGAUAUUCUGAUGGAAACAGCUGUUCCCUUGGAGCCUAUAAAAGAUGGAGAGGAGAAGCAAAAAAAUAAGAAGAAAGUCAAAAAGCUGAAAACUAGAAUCAACUCAAGGGCAAAGGAGUAUGAAAGUACACUAGAUACCAAAAACCCUGUGACUGACUCUCCAUACAAAGCAAAGCUACAAAGGCUUACCAAGGAUAUUCAUAAGCAGCUACAGACACAGGACAGUGGAGUCUGGGCCGCUAAUAAAGUGUCUGCUUUAGACAGAACCCUUGGAGAAGUUUUCAGGAUCUUGGAGAAGCAAAACCUUUCGGAUCAGAUCUCAUUUCGGGCAGCAGGUGGACUAUCAGUUCUAGAACAAAUUCUGCAGACAACAGCAGCUGUGGGCACCAACAGUUCAUCAUCUCGCAUUCCACCAAAAACUCUCUGCAGUGCUGUAAAUAUUUACUCAUUGACAUGCAACAACUGCCAAGAAAACUGCAUGUAUGUUCUUCUGAGUAGUAAAAUCACAUUUCUUCUGGAGCUCCUGAUGCAACAACUCACGUUGUUUAUACCUGAUGAAGACAAAGCCAUCUCUGGAAGAGCAGUCAACAAGCAGGUUUUUGAUGGUUUCAGCACUGGACUUCUCCAACUUUGCUCUAAGAUAUUCACAUGCGUAACAUCCAGUGCUUUAGCAGGAAAUGUACAGCUUGAUACCGGCAAAACAAAACAGGAAGCAAAGACAAAAUCUUCUGCACCAGAUGCUUUUAACAGUAGGAUUCAAGAUAUCAUCAGCUACAUUGUGAAUAUUGGAGUGAUUGAUAAGCUGUGUCGCUGCUUCCUUUCGGUGCAAGGUCCUCUUGAUGACAGUCCAAAAAUGUCACUGUUCCUGCAAGGAGCUACAGACCUGUUGAAAGAAUUUUGUAGGCUGUCUAUGUUUGUCAUUGGAAGUUCUUGGAACAUUUUUGAAGUUUGCCAAGAUCCUACUGGUUUGUCAGCAGCUCUGCAGAGUUCAGAUCUUGUGGGUGUUUUGCACAUGUUGUAUUGUGCCCUUUUCCACAACUCAACCUCAGACCCAAAUAAUUCCAGCACCAAAGAAACCUAUGAGCAGAACACAAUCCAACUGGCAGCUCACAGCUUGCAGUUCCUUAACAGCUUUGCCAUGCUCCAUCUACAGGCUUUCCAGUCUGUUGUUGGUGCAGAAGGUCUUUCGCUUGCUUUUCGACAUGUCAUUAGUUCCCUUCUUUGGUUUUGUUCUCAAUAUACCUGCGAGGAUCUUCUUCGUGAAAUCAUUGUGUGUGUUGGAUACUUUACUGUGAACCAUGCUGAUAAUCAGGUCAUUGUCCAGUCUGGCCGUCACCCCACCGUACUACAGAAGCUCUGCCAGCUGCCAUUCCAGUACUUCAGUGACUCCCGCCUCGUCCGGCUCCUUUUUCCCACGCUCAUCUCCGCCUGCUACAACAACCCCCAAAACAGACUCAUCCUGGAACAGGAGUUAAGCUGUCAGCUACUCGCCACUUUUAUUCAGGAUUGUUUACAAGCACCAAGCCAACCUGAAAGCAAGACUCCUCAGUACAAAGGAAAUUCUCGGCACUACCUGGAAUUCUCUAGCCGUUUCCCACGAAAGUUCUGGGAGCUUUCUUUGCAAUUCUUCCUAAAAAAGGAUGAUCAAUGAGUAAUGCGGUUAUAGCACAUUUUAUAUUGAAACAUUUUAAAGUGAGACCAGCCCACAACAUGUACAGAACUGUGAUAUUUCUAAUUAUACUUUCCUCACUGUAUGUACAAAUGCCCUUAAUACACUUAUUUAUUAGUUCAGUGUGUAGAUAUUGGUGUAAGAUUUUGCUAGCAUGUUGCCUCAUCUAAAAUGAAAGCCUGGUUUCCAAUAACGUUUUAACAUUUGUUCUCCUUAAAAGUAAUGAGCAGCCAUUUCAGUAGCUGUUGGGUCACACUGACGGUUACUAUAUAGAAGAAGCGAUAAAAGCAUCCUUGCUAAUAACUUUGACUGGACUUAAGAAGGAAUCUUUUCUUAUAUGUACAUACCUAUAUAUAUAUAUAUUUAUAUAACUUGCAAUAAAAUAACUUAUUCUGUUCAUAA